ACAACAGUGAAGAAGAUAUGGAUGGCUGGAGAUAUUCUCAAGUGCAUAAUGCAAUCCUUGGCCCAUUUGGAGAACUCCUUACAGAGGAUGAUAUCAUUUAUUUGGAGAAGCAAAUAGAAAGUGUUCAGAUAAUGAAGAAAUGCCAGGAGUAUGAAAAUGAGCUAGACCGCCUAGCAGAAGAGCUGAGAAAUAUUUUACCAGCUCCCAUUGUCAACAUAACAGUCAACACCCAGCUGAUGCAUCAGAACAUUGCAAGGGAUGGACACCCAGCACUGCCACUGUGGUGCAACAGGAUUUCUGGAAUUGUAAGAAACAUGUCCCUUCUACUGACCAAUGUUAGUGACACAGAUCGAGGAGCCAGUAAAAAGGCAGAAAUAUCAAAAAUGCCCAACAGUGAACUGAUAACUGUGUUUUCAGACAGAUCAGAAAUGAAGAGCUCAAGAGCAAGCAGAGAAAGUGUCAAAAAGGAAAUCCACCAAUGUGGUGUGUCAGUUAGAAAUCUGCGGGACAAUUUUGAGAAGCAGUUUCCACAGGAUAUGGCUGCUAAUGAGAACAGAAGGUUAGCAGAUAUCAAACAAGAACAUUUUGAAAAUUUCAAAGAUGGUCAGAGUGGAGCUAAUGGAGAACAGCAAGCUUACCAAACUAAAACUGAUGACGUGGAAGAUGCAAGUGAUUCUGGAGUGAGCUCAGAAGGAAGUACAAAAGAAGGAAGUGUGUCUCAUACUCCAGUAAAAGAAACGACAAGCUUACGGAAGGAACGCAUUGUUGUUCUCUUUCUGAGUCACUGGAAAAAAUCCACAUACAAUAUGCUUAAAGCCAAAGAGGAACAGAAAGAUCAGAAUAAUGAAGGAGCAGGACUGGCAACGAAUAAGCAAACGUCUGUAGCAGGGACAGACACUCAGAUCAAGCAUUCAGUUGAUGACAACAAGCUUGGUCACUUUUUCCAGCAAAGAGCAGUCAUCUCUAAACUUAUAAGCAACUGGCGUAAAAUUAUAUCUCAUGUUCCUUCAAGGCAAAUAAGACGUUUACAUAACCAACAGAUAACUUAUUCUCCAGAGCAGUUUCUUCCUCGUGUAAAUGGGUCUCCUGUUGACUACAACACCCUUACUCUUGACCUCUUCAUGCUAGGUUACUUUCACAUCCUGGAGUUAGACUUGCCAUCAGAAGAACGAAAGAUGAGGCACCUUCUGUGCUUUGAGGUUUUUGAUCAUCUUGGCAACUACACCUGGGAAACCGUGCGUUCAUUCCACAAAGCAGUCAUUGAUGAGAUAGCAGCUGGGAAACGAAUGUGGGAGGAUGGGUUUGAUGACAUCAAGCUUAGAUUCUUUAAUGGUUCUGAGGACACUGCCAAGAUGGGGCGAAGCACAAAACAAUCACAUGCUGCAAAUGACAGAGCACUGCCCAAGGUAAUUGUUCAAAGUGCCACUCCAGACGAGGAUGAAAACCUUCUGAAGAAUGGCUCCUGCCUCAGUGAUUUCUCUAAUGAUGAAAUCUGCAAGUACAUUGACAGAAGCUUUGCCUUCUGGAAGGAAAAGGAGGCAGAGAUGUUUGACUUUGAAUAAUGACAAUUUAGUGAUGCUUUCUGCAUAUAGGACAUAAAAGUAAUUUAGUAAAUCAUAAGAUGUCACUCAGCUAAUGAUAUGAUGGCAUCAGUAAAAAAUGGACUUCUUUUAAUAUAUGCACCUGUUCUUAUAUUUGAUCUCACAUGUGUAAUAUGUUGUUUAAAACUUUUGUCACCAUCCCCAAAUUUUAAGAAUGUGACACAUUCCUUUGGGUGAGUAUUCUUUGUUAUUUAAGGAGCAGGUGUUCACAGUAGUUGAUUAUGUUGUAAGCUAACAAUUGUUUGUAGACUCUUAGCCAGGUGAAAGUAAGAUCCAUUUAUGAGAGAUGAAGUAAUGGUUGACAUGUUUUGUAAUGAUGGCGUACUUUUAAGCAGUUUGUUGCUACAACUAUAAAAAUUAGUAAUGUUUAGCAUGUUUCAUAAUGUCAGACAUUAUCCACCAUGAGCAAUAAAAAGUUGAUCUUAAACAUUUACAGCUUUUACUUUCAAACCUAACUGUUGUUAACUUCUUUAAAAUCCAUUGUACACUACCUGCACAGAAUACAUAUUAACAUUUACUCAAAGGAAUUUGUUUUGUAUCCUGAGUUGGUGGAACCCUUGAUAAUACUCUUUCAAGUUGUAUCUCCUUUCUUAAUGACUGUAUACCCCCAUCCCACUGAAAGAAACCUUAGAUGCAAGUUCAGAGUUGACUGAGUCAGUGACAGUUUGUUAAAAAAUGAUUUACUAAAUCAUGUUUCUGUGAAACACAUUUCUCACAACCCUGUUUACAUCACAGUCUUCUACAUUUAAGUUAAGCUGCCUUUAUUUAUAGGGAUGGGGAUAUGCCCCCCUCCCCCAAUUUGUAAGACUGU